UAUCCAUCACGCAGUCAUGAAGCAAAACGCAUCAAGGAAAUUGUUGGUACAAUUUCUCGUAGGUUGUCUUCACUAUUUACAAACGUCAAUAAAGACCUCAUUGGAAUAGAGACACGCUUACAGGAUCUGAAAUCAAAGUUGAAAAUGGAGUCAGGUGGGGUACGCAUUAUUGGAAUAUGGGGAGUUGGGGGUGGUGGUAAGACUACUCUCGCAUCUGCUGCUUAUGCGGAAAUCUCUCACCGAUUUGAAGCUCACUGCCUUCUUGAAAAUAUUCGUGAGGAGUCAAACAAGCAUGGUUUGACAAAGUUGCAAGAAAAAUUUCUCUCACUUGUUUUGAAAACAAAAGACGUGGUAGGGAGUGAGAUAGAAGGAAGAAGCAUGAUAGAAAGAGGGUUACGUAAUAAAAGUGUUUUAGUUGUUCUUGACGAUGUUGAUGACCUCAAGCAACUAGAGGCAUUAGCCAGAUCGCAUGCUUGGUUUGGUGAGGGGAGCAGGGUAAUAAUCACAACCAGGGAUGAGCAUUUGCUAACCCGCCAUGCAGAUGAAGUAUAUGAAGUGAGUUUGUUAUCAAGUGACGAGGCUAUGGAGCUCUUCAACAAACAUGCAUAUCAUAAAGAUAAACCUAUAGAAGAUUACGAGAUGCUUUCAAAAGAGGUAGUUUCUUAUGCUAGUGGGCUUCCAUUAGCACUUGAAAUUCUAGGUUCUUUUCUAUAUGACAAAAACAAGGAUGAGUGGAAGAGUGCAUUGGCCAAGUUAAAAUGCAUCCCAAAUGUUACAGUCACCGAAAGACUCAAAAUAAGUUAUGAUGGACUUGAACCCGACCAUCAAAAAUUAUUCUUAGAUAUUGCUUGUUUUUGGAGGAGAAAAAUCAUGGAUGAGGCAAUGAUGGUGCUUGAUGCUUGUAAUUUACACCCUCGUAUAGGGGUGAAGGUGUUAAUUCAAAAGUCUCUCAUAAAAGUUGAUUCAGAUGGACUAUUUGACAUAAAAGUAUUUGAUAUGCAUGACUUGGUAGAAGAAAUGGCUCACUACAUUGUUAGAGGGGCACACCCUAAUAAUCCUGAAAAGUAUAGCAGGAUUUGGAAGAUGGAAGACAUAGCAUACCUCUGUGAUAUGGGGGCAGAUGCAGUGCCAAUGGUUAAAAUUAUCUUUGCAAUAAAAUAUUUCAUAUAUGAAACUGAAGUAUUAGCUUUCCAAAGUACUAUUGGUCAUCCGGGUCUAUCUGAUGUUGUUGCAAGCAUGAAGAAACUUCGGUGGAUUCGUAUUCAUGGGUAUAUGACAUCUUCAUUCCCAUCAAAUUUUCAGCCAAGAGAGCUUGGUUAUCUACAGUUGAUAUUCAGCCGACAAAAAGAACUGUGGCAUGGGUAUAAGCAUCUACCAAAUUUGAAAAUUCUUGAUCUUACGAGAUCAUAUGGACUAAUCAGGACACCAGAUUUUGACGGCCUUCCAUGUCUUGAAAGAUUGAUUUUAGAGGAGUGUGAGAGUUUAGAAGAGAUUCAUCCAUCAAUUGGAUAUCACAAAAGGCUUGUUUUCGUGAACAUGAGAUGGUGUAGAGCACUUAAAAGGUUUCCACCCAUCAUACACAUGAAAACAUUGGAGACUCUUGAUCUCAGUCGUUGCAAACAACUUCAACAGUUUCCGGAUAUCCAGUCGAACAUGAGUCUACCGUGUCUUGAGAGAUUGAAUUUAUCAUGGUGUGAGAGAUUAGAAGAGAUUCAUCCAUCAAUUGGAUAUCACAAAAGGCUUGUUUCCGUGGACAUGACCAGGUGUACAGCACUUAAAAGGUUUCCACCCAUCAUACAGAUGCAAAUGUUGGAGACUCUUGAUCUCUCUUAUUGCAAACUUCAACAGUUUCCGGAUAUCCAGUCGAACAUGAUUAAAGACAAAUUAGCUUAG